AUGGCGACUUCCAGUGAAGAGGUGGCGCCUCAUUCCAUCGACCGUACGCCAGAAUAUGAAGAGUUCAUGGAGAAGCUUAAGGAAUUUCACAACAACCGUGGCACCGUCUUGGACCCCGAGCCCAAGGUUGGUCUGAUUCAUCUCGAUCUCUACAAAGUUUUCAACCAUAUUGUUGCUAGCGGCGGCUACGACAAAGUCUCGGAAGAAAAAUUGGCGUGGCGUCGCAUGGCUGCUGAACUCGGUCUCUUCUCCAACAACGAAGCGUCGACAGCCUUUGCGCUCAAGGAAAAGUUUUACAAGAAUUUGGCGGCCUACGAAAUCAAGACGGUAUACGGGAAGGAGCCCCCCCCAAAAGAUAUCCUCGAAGAUGUCACUGCCAAAGGUGCCGGCCUCUUAAUGAGAACUCGAGAAAACUUUAGAGGCAAGAGAGAUAGCAAUGUGGCAGGCAAUGACUCUGCUGCCUCUGGAGAUGACGGAACACCCGUGCGCGAACGUCCUACCGCCGACGUUGUUUCCAGUGCCAGAGCCUCGCGCGGUUUGCGAGAAGCCCCUGCCCAACGUGUCAUCUUUCAGCCUGACACCGGCCCCAGCAGAAUCACACGACAGACCACGAGUCAACAUGCUACAGCCAACUCCCCUCAAGUCCAGGGUCACCCAGGCAUGCAAGGACAACCAGGCAUGCACGCUCGCGGUCCCUCCAUCGCACACCACCCGCCGAAGCCUGAAAAUACGUCCACCUCAGUAACAGCCUACCAACCCCGACACGUGAAGCCUCUGCAAUUGCGACCCGUCGCGACACCUAGCAAUGCGCCGAGCGAAUUUCCCCGGACACGGUUGUCAUAUCGCGCCUUGCCGGAGCCCCGCCAACCUAUGCUUCCUGGAACCGGCUUUGACGGCCCAAAUAUCUAUACCCGCUGUCUGAAUGCUCUGAGAUCACGAAUACCUACCGAGCAGGCUUUCGCACUGAAUCACCUCGUCAAAAUUUCCUUUGAGCGUGGUGACAAGUACAAGUUUGAUUCCUUCCCUGGCCUAGCCGAGGGCCUCGUUGAGAAAGCUCUUGAAGUCGGAGGGCUCUUUUACUUCGUCAACUGGAAAGUCUCUUGGGAUCCCGAGGAGGAGUCUUCGGAACUGGGUGUUUUGGAUGGCAAUUAUGGAACUCCAGAUAUCCUGGAGAGAAUCGGAAACCUGGUUGAAAAGAGCACGCCUGACAUCCUCCAAACCGGAGAGUACUUUGACCGAAUGGUGCUCAUUACCGAGGCCAUUUUAACGAUACGCAACAUGGUCACACUACCCGAAAACGCGCACAACAUGUCUGAGUUCCCUCCAGUCAAGGACCUAAUUUGCAUUGUUUUACAUUUGCCUGAGAAGGACUCACUCGUGGAAAUCAAGCAUAUGGUUCUCGACAUUGCUGAGCAGAUCACGUCAUUUAUGGUAUUGGACCCGGAUGACCCCUUAUACAGGACGCUCCUGGCGCAGAUGACUUCGGAUGACCGUGGUACCAUUCUGAGCGCGUUGCGUGCGCUAGGCCGCAUCUCCAUGAACCUGGAGACCACUAAUCUGCUCAACGAAGUCCCUGGCGACAUUCUACAGCGAAUCACAAGCUGGUUAUUAUUGAAUGAUGAUGAGCUUAUUGAUGCCUGCCUCGACUUCUUGUACCAGUACACAGCUGUUGUUCCUAACUUGGACAAUUUGAUGCGUUCCACGCACCCAGAGGGACUUGUCGAUCAACUUGUGCGCCUUCUAGCCCAUGGUGCCCGCAAGGUCCAGUAUGAUUUCAUCUUGGCUCCAGAGGAGCGACUACCGGCCCGCGAUGAAGUGGCGCCCAUGCCCGAGGACCUCCUACAGGAGAUGCUGAAACUGGAAGAGCCCGAUAGGGUGCACCAGUGGGUCAAGUCAUUCUUUGACGAGGACGGCUCUUCAUUUGUCACUCAGCUGGCUGCCUGGCAAGCAUACCAGGCCGCCUUUUCAUCUCCUCUCAAGGACAUGCAGCAGCAGAUGAUUACACCCGCCGACUUCAUCAGAAACAGUACGGCCGUCUACAAGGGUUCCAACGCGCAAGUGCGCGCAAAUGGCGAUGGCCAAAAAUUUAUCAUCCAUGGCAUCCGUGCUCGGCCUAAUCCACUGACACUCGAUGGCAAAGAAUACGGACGCUGUCUUUGGGCAAGUGACCCGACUCGCCGCAAUGCAAAGUGUGGCCACUUUUUCCUUAGGACGGAACAGAUGUGGCACCACAUUCUGACCACACAUCUGGAGGCUGCUAGUGACAACGACGGGAAGUUUGAAAACGCCGAGAAACCUUUCGUGUGUACCUGGGGCGAAUGUAAAAAACACGCCAAGCCGACAAAGAUGCAUCUCCGCGACUUUGCCCGCCACGUCACAAGUCACAUCUCUGGUGUCAUUUCUAGCUCUGCGGGUGUCAAUAUCGACGGCGUCGCGCCGCCCAAGAAGUGGAUUGUGCCAGCCAAGACGAUGCCGGUUACUUUUGAGGAAACUGUGACUGUGCGGGAUGAGCGCAAUCCGCAGGCGCCCCCCCAGGCUGCCGGCAUCCCGCUCAGCGCGGUGUUGGUGCUGCGCAACAUUGCGCGCAACAUUGUCAAGACAGAGGCGGAGGAGGAACUGGUCAAGCAGCAGCGCAACACGGAGGAAAAGGGCGGAUGGAACGAGCGCUUGUUCCGCGCCUCGACGCCACGUCUGUACGAGUUGUUGGCCGAAAAUAGACCACUGAGCCCGUACAUUGCUUCCCUACUCGACUUGAUCCGGGUCGAAGUUGAAGUUGGCCAUGAUGAUGACGAGGACAACGACGAGUAA